AAUAUUGGUUUCACACAAUUUAAUUUAAUAAAUCAUACGAGAGAAACUGCUAACCACUCACAACAUACUAUCUUGCAUUAGAGAUAUUCUAAUAGCAAUACUCUUAUUAGAACUAGUAUUUUAUAUUCAAACAAACUUCCAAAAAGUUGCCAAACUGUACGCGUUUUUUUUCUUAUAAUAUUCAACUCUCAAUAUAUAUAAUAAUAAUAGUGCAACUUUUUUUUUUUGGAGGGAAAAUACUUAGUUAUUAUUAACCAAUCAAAUAAUAGGUAAUAGUGCAACUUUAUAGAAGGAAAAAAAAAAUAUUAUUACAAAAUAUAUACAAACAAACUUUAUAUAUGAAGAUCCAUUUCUUCUCAUUCUUCACAAAUCUUGUCCACAAAUGAUGAUGAUGCAAAUACGUUUUACCUCCUAAAGAUCGCUAUGGCUGAUUAUUCACAGAAAAAAUAUGAUGUUUUCAUCAGUUUUAGAGGAGAAGAUACUCGCGCUAAUUUUACUAGUCAUCUCCACAAAAAACUUAAGGAUGGAGGUAUUGAAACAUACAUUGAUGAGGACAAACUGAAGCGAGGAGAAAAGAUUUCGAAUGCUCUCUUGGAAGCCAUCAAGGACUCUAAAAUUUCGAUAGUUGUUUUCUCAAAAGACUAUGCAUCUUCGUCGUGGUGCUUAAGUGAACUAAAGCAUAUUCUUCGAUGCGUGAAGAGGAAGACACAUAUUGUUGUGCCUGUGUUUUACCAAGUUGAUCCCAGUGAUGUUCGCAAACAAAUAGGAAGUUAUGCAGAAGCGUUCAAGGAACAUGAGGAUCGUUACAAUGAUGCUACCAUACGCAGAUGGAAAGACGCUUUAACUAAAGCAGCUAAUCAUUCAGGAUGGGAUGUAUCCAAAUCCAGUAAUGAAGCUGUGGUGGUUCAUGAGAUUUUCAACUGGAUACUAGAAAAAUUAAGAUCCAUAUCUCCAUCUCCUCAUUAUUCAAAGCAAGGCAUUUUUGGAAUUGACAACUCGAUUGCAGAUCUCAACAAUCUAUUGUCAAACUCUGCAAGGAUAGGCAUUUGUGGGAUGGGUGGCCUGGGUAAGACCACCCUAGCUCAAAUUGUCUUCAAUCAAUCUCGUCAUCAAUACGAUUGUCAUUGUUUUUUUCGAAAUGUGCGAGAAGAAUUCCAAAAGCAUGGAACAAAUUUGAAAGAAGAAUUUUUCCGUCAAUUAUCAAAUGAAAAAGACUUGCGAUAUGGACAUUUGGAUUCCGUAAAGGAAAGGUUGCGCCACAAAAAGUUACUCAUAGUUCUUGAUGCUGUGGAUGAUUUGGAGGAAUAUAAUUGUUUACUCGAAGAUAGUGAUUCCUGGCUAAACUCUGAAAGUAAACUUAUUAUAACAAGCAGAAAUCAUCAAGUGCUUCGAAAUAUUAUUGGUAAUGAUGAGAGGAUGAUAUACAACUUGAAGGGACUAAAAGAGAAGGAAGCUCUUGAACUCUUUUGUUUGCAUGCCUUCAAAAGAAGAUCACCCGAAGAAAGUGAGAAAGAGCUUUCAUUGAAAUUUGUGAAAUAUGCUCAAGGCCUUCCACUAGCUCUUAAAGUUUUGGGUUCUCUUUUAUUUUCAAAAAACAAAGAUGUAUGGGAAAGUUUGCUAAACAACAUAAAAGUAGAUCCUGAUCAAAAAGUUACAAGUAAACUAAAAAUAAGUUUUGAUGGGCUAGACUCUAAACAACAGAGUAUAUUUCUUGAUAUAGCAUGUUUCUUUCGAGGUAGAAAAAAAUAUUAUGUGAAAGAAAUAUUGGAUGAUUGUGGUGACUUUGACAUUGCCAUUGAAGUUCUUAUUGACAGGUGUCUUGUAACUGUUUCUGAUAAAGGCACACUUGAAAUGCAUGAUUUGUUACGAGAGAUGGGUCGGUCAAUCGCUCGUGGAUCAAAUCAUAAUAAGUGCUUGGAAAAUUAUAGUAGAUUAUGGAUGGGCGAAGAUAUUUGUCGUUUCUUGACAAGUAAUAAAGCUUCUUCCACAAUUGAAGGAAUAUUUCAUGCUGAUCGUGAUGAUGGUGAUGUUAUAAACUUAGACCCUUCAAUCUUUAAAAAUUUGCCAAGUCUAAGAUUACUGAAACUAUCCUCAAUAUAUUCUCGAAAUCGAUUUCGAUUGCCUUUUCAUGGUCUUCGUGACAAGUUUCCCGAUGAGCUUAGAUACUUGGAAUGGUAUGAAUACCCUUUGAAAUCCUUAGGGUCAAAUUUCACACCACAGAAUCUUGUUUAUUUUAGUAUGGAGAGAAGCAAACUUAAGAAACUGUGGAAAGAAAAUCAGGAUGUUAGCAACUUAAAACAUGUCAUUCUUUCUGAAUCGAAGAAGCUUACUUGUCUCCCAAAUCUCUCUCAAGCGAAUCUUCACACGCUUCGUCUAAAUGGUUGUACACGUUUAGUUAACCUUCCCCCGUUAAGAUUUCACAACAUUUUUGAUGAUCCAGAUAAAGAAUCUGAAGUGAUGUACCAAUAUAAUUCCUUGAUGGUUCAAGAAAGAGAGUACACACUUGACUCAUGCAAGGGUAUAAUGAAAGAAGGGAUAUCCUACCUGAUGAGGGAGCUAUCUACUAGCUUGCUUGAUCUUAAUGGUUGUUCCAAUUUCACAACUCUUUCAGAGAUUUCUGGUAAUAUAAAAUUUAUAUGUUUAAGGGAAACAGCAAUCAAGAAAUGCCACCCAUCCAUUUUAUAUCUAAAAAAUCUUCUUGUACUUGAUCUACAUAUGUGUAAAUAUUUAAGGGAACUUCCAAAUGAUAUGUGUGAGUUAGAAUCAUUGGAAUACUUAGAUAUGCAUGGAUGCGUAUCCUUUGACAAGUUUCCCAGGCUUCCAAAAAGUAUAAAAGGAUUAAAUUUGAACGGAACAUCCAUACAACAAGUUGAUUCGUCAUCAUUCGACUCUCUUCCUUCUCUCAUCAUCUUUCACAUGCAGGCUUGCAAGAAGCUUAAAAGACUCCCAGAUACCUUUUGUAAGUUGAAGUCUCUUUGGGUACUUCAACUUGAAGGUUGCUCACAAUUGAAAAGCUUUCCAGAAAUCUUGGAGCCUAUGGAGAAACUAAAAGGCCUUUAUUUAAAAGGAACUGGGAUUAAAGAGAUGCCAUCAUCAAUAGAGAAUCUUGUUGGGCUUGAAACUUUAGACUUGAGGGAGUGCAAAAAUCUCAAGUGUAUUCCAACUACCAUUUGUAAGUUGAAGUCUCUUAAGUUUCUUGAUCUUAGAGAUUGCUCCCAAUUGAAAAGCUUUCCAGAAGUCGUGAAGCCUAUGUUGAAACUAGAGGAACUUUGGUUAGAUGGAACUGGGAUUGAAGAGAUACCAUCAUCAAUAAAUCAUCUUAUUGUGCUUGAAAGGCUAUACUUGGGUGAUUGCAAAAAUCUCAAGUCUAUUGACACCAACAUCUUCAAUAUGCGCAAGAUUGCUUGUAUCAAGAUUGAUGAAGAUCCAAAACUCCAAAUUCUGCCAUAUAAUGGUUUACCAGUAGAAGAUUCAAGUGAAACCAGUACUAGUCAACUACUUCUAACACAUGAUCAACCGUAUAUUUGCAGUAGUUGUACUUCUACAUCAAUCCUAAAUUUGCAUUAUCAUGGUGUUUAUUUCACCUGUUGUCAGUGCUUUCUAUUCUACACCAUGCAUAACAUUUCGGCUACCCAAUAUUUCAUGGAUAACAUUUUCAUUGGCAAAUGUAGGGAUGGAAAAGGAAAGGAUUUGAUUGAAGCUAUUAGAACAAGUUUUUGUUAUCCAGGAGAUACAAUUGCUAAAUGGUUUGACUAUCAAUCUAUGGGAUCAUUACUUGUACUAAACUUUCCUUUCCUUUUAGAUGAUUAUAACGUCUUAGGCUUUGCUUUAUGCAUUGUUGUUGAGUUUGAAGCGACCACUUUAAAACGUGAAGAUGUCUUCAAAUGUGAUUACAAUCUAAAAACCAAGACUGGUCAGAAUUUUCAAUUAUCUUCAACUCUACAAUGCUAUAAAGCUACUCAUUUUGAUGAUGAUUCUAAUUUAGACUUGUCCUCAAAUCAAGUGUUCAUGUGGUAUGAUCACGGUAAAGACUUUUUAUUAGAUGGGAAAGAGAGUGUCAUAUUUGAGUUUUACAUUGGCACAGGAAGAAUAAAACAAUGUGGAGUCCACUUGGUACAUCCCAAAAAUAUAAAUCCAUAUGAUUACUUUUCCUAAUUCCUAUUCAUCAAGGAAGAAAAUGAAUCAGACUGAUAAUAUAAUUACGUUUAAGGCUUUUGAAGAUUUUAUGCUCUUAAAGUGUGGCACUCUUUUUCAUCUUUUGAGGUUUUACCCACUCAUGAAGGGUUUUGAUGAGGCUUCAUAUAUAUUAUAAUUAAUUUAGUAAUUUUGUUUGUGCACAACAAAUUAUGUAAUCCUUUUUGAGUGUUUAGUAGUUUUGAUCAUAUUAAUUUGUUACCCAGAUUAUACUUUGUAUUAGUUCUCAUAUAAUAGUAAUGGGAUAAUUUGGUGAAAACAAUGGCUUUAAUAAGAUUGGGUGCCGACCUAGUUGGGAUGCUUCUUUAUUAGCUUCA